AAUAAUAGUAAUAGUGAUAGCGAUAGUAAUGUAGCGAUUAAUCAUAGUAAUAUCGUCAUAAUGAUGGAUUUCAGUUGGAUGAUGGAGGGAAUUCUGUUCGCAAUAGUGAAUCGUCCCGGAGUGAAUGUGAGCGAUCUGAAGAGCAGUUUUUCGUUUGCGCUGCAACCGCGUAUGUUGGUGAAGUUGCUGGAGAUAUUCGAGAAGUGUGGCUGUAUUGAGGUGUGUCGAGAGAUGGUCACACCCCUGAAACUGAGAUCACCUUUCGAUACUGAACGAUUGGAAUACGUGAUACCGAAGGCGGAUUGUAUCGAGCGUUUCUCAAGAAUUUUCCAUUCGAUUACGCUGUCGGAUGUGUUGACUUCGAAUCGAAUCGAAUACGUUUGA